AUGCCUUACAACAUUGCCAUGGUCAGUGACUUUUUCUUCCCCCAACCAGGGGGGGUUGAGAGUCACAUUUAUCAAUUGUCGACAAAACUCAUUGACCGGGGGCAUAAAGUCAUCAUCAUCACCCAUGCUUACAAGGGUCGCACGGGUGUCCGGUAUCUAACUAACGGCCUCAAAGUCUAUCAUGUGCCGUUUUUGGUCAUAUAUCGAGAGACAACAAUGCCGACGGUUUUCUCUUUCUUUCCUAUCUUCCGGAACAUUGUUAUUCGAGAGCAGAUUCAGAUCGUGCAUGGGCAUCAGAGUCUGAGUAGUUUCUGCCACGAGGCUAUUCUGCAUGCGCGAACAAUGGGUCUGCGGACUGCCUUUACUGACCAUUCGUUGUUCGGCUUUGCUGACGCCGGGUCCAUUUUGACCAACAAACUGCUGAAGUUCACACUGAGUGAUGUUGACCAUGUUAUAUGUGUCAGCCAUACUUGCAAAGAAAACACCGUCCUCCGAGCCUCAUUGGAUCCAUUAAUGGUUUCUGUUAUUCCUAAUGCUGUCGUCGCGGAGAAUUUUCGACCAAUACAUGCCACUCCACGGGCUAAUGAGCGACCGUCCGGCGGGACGCCACAGAUACAACCCCCACCGAGGCCAAUUGGUCCGAACGAUAUCAUCACUAUCGUUGUAAUCUCGCGUCUCUUCUACAACAAGGGCACUGAUCUCCUGAUAGCUGCCAUUCCCAGAAUUCUUGCGUCUCAUCCGAAUGUACGGUUCAUCAUCGCCGGCUCAGGGCCCAAGGCCAUCGACUUGGAGCAGAUGCUGGAGCGAAACGUUCUUCAAGACAAAGUAGAAAUGCUUGGGGCUAUCCGUCACGAAGAAGUCCGAGAUGUCAUGGUCAGAGGCCACAUCUAUCUACAUCCCAGCUUGACUGAGGCUUUUGGGACGGUCAUCGUCGAAGCCGCUAGCUGUGGGCUGUACGUGGUGUGCACGCGUGUUGGUGGCAUCCCCGAGGUUCUUCCUCAACACAUGACAACCUUUGCGAAACCGGAAGAAGACGAUAUUGUGCUAGCUACCAGCAAAGCAAUAAGCGCAUUGCGGUCCAACAGGGUCCGGACAGAACGGUUCCAUGACCAGGUGAAAGUCAUGUAUUCGUGGACGGACGUAGCACGUCGGACAGAGCGUGUAUACAAAGGCAUAUCUGGCGAUAUUAGCCCACAGGAGUUCUACGGUUACUACCCCGGAGAGAUCCAGGAAGCCGGCGAUAGAGUACGCAACUUCAGCCUGAUUGACCGAUUGAAGAGGUAUUAUGGGUGCGGAGUCUGGGCCGGAAAGUUGUUCUGCCUCUGCGUUGUGGUCGACUUCUUACUCUACACCUUUCUUGAAAUGUGGUUUCCUCGAGCAAACAUUGACAUCGCACGAAGUUGGCCUAGGAAACUGCAGGAAGCGAACGGACACACAGCACCUAAAGGUGAAAGAGAGCGUCCUGCUUUGAUUUCCUAA